AUGGAUGGAGGCGCUGUGGUCAGUUCUUCACGUGAUUGCACGCGCCACAAGAGAGGAAGAGGCGUCUUUUUAUCCGUCUGUUGACAGCAGAGAGCGCAGUCGCAGCAUAUGCAGCUUGUAAAGUAGAGAAAGAGAGAACACACUAAAAAGGAGCAAACAUGCCGAUGUUCGUAGUGAACACCAACGUGGCCAAGAGCGAGGUGCCGGCGGCUCUGCUGUCCGAGGCGACGGAGGAGCUGGCCAAAGCUAUAGGCAAACCUGUACAGUACAUUGCUGUGCUUAUCAACCCUGACCAAAUGAUGAUGUUUGGAGGAAAGGGAGACCCCUGCGCAGUCUGCUCCCUCCACAGCAUCGGCAAGAUAAGUGGUGCUCACAACAAGCAAUACUCUAAGCUCCUGUGUGGACUGCUCAACAAACACCUGGGCAUCUCCCCCGACAGGAUUUACAUUAACUUCGUAGACAUGGAUGCAGCCAAUGUGGCCUGGAACAACACUACCUUUGGAUGAGAUGGAGGUUAACCCACUGGAAUAGAAGAUAAUCCAAGUAUUGUCCUGUAUGAGCAUAGUUAAAACAGACGGUGAAGUGAAGAUGCAAAUACACCUGGUAAUUCCAAGGCCAAUAUACCAUAUGGCAAUCUCAUAAGCACUUAGCUGGACCCUUUAGUUUUGCACUGACACUUUUUAUUUUUCUCAUUAAUAUGCAAUAAAGAAAACCCUGCAGAC